CGUUCAGCUGACAGGGAGGCAGUGUCUGAUUGGGUUAGUAAUUUGCGGCUCAAGGCCUGGGAUUGUUCUGGUGCCUUCCUGCAAAGAGUGAGGUGGUUUGGGAUUUCGGUGAGGAGAGACCGUGGUUGGAUUGGGCCUGCAAGAAGAAGCGCUACACUAUCACAGACUAACCAAUACGCCAGUUAAAAAUAACCACAGAACAGAGGUUUUGUGGUUUAGAAGAUUAUGAAAGAUCAGGAUUCUGGGAGUUGUACAUCUGCAAUGUCUUCUCCACCAUCUCCAAACUCUGAUAAGACUCCUUCCACUCAAAUCACAGAGAGCGCAGUAUUAUGCCACCCUGCCCUGUCUUGUAAUGAAGAAAAAGGAGCAGUGUGUGUUCCCCCUGCUGUGUGUGAUGUGUCAGAAGAGCUCAGCAGGAAGCUGGAGGAUAUUUUGAACACUUACUGUGUGGAUGCUGCGCAAGAGGGUACAGCAGACCCAGAGGAAACGGAUAGAGGUCCACCAGAAUCCCAGAGGAACGGAGAAUCAGAACCAGUGUUACCAGAAGUUAAUGGGGUGAAAGAGGAGCUACCAGUACCAGGGGAUUGCAAAUCUAUUAGUGAAGCAGAGCAAAAUCAGAAACGCGUUCAGGAUAAAAAGAAAACAAAAGGACUUGGGAAGGAGAUAACACUAUUAAUGCAGACCCUGAAUACCCUCAGCACGCCAGAUGAGAAGCUGACUGCAUUGUGCAAGAAAUAUGCUGAGCUGCUGGAGGAGCACAGAACAUCUCAAAAACAGAUGAGAAACUUGCAGAAGAAGCAGACUCAGCUAAUCCAGGAGAAGGACCAACUUCGCAAUGAGCACAGCAAAGCCAUACUGGCCCGCAGCAAGCUAGAAAGUCUUUGUAGGGAGCUGCAGCGACACAAUCGUACUCUGAAGGAGGAGGGUGUUCAGCGAGCCCGUGAGGAAGAAGAGAAGCGGAAGGAGGUUACAUCACAUUUCCAAGUGACACUCAAUGACAUCCAGUCACAGAUGGAGCAGCACAAUGAGCGCAAUGCUAAACUACGUCAAGAAAACGUGGAGCUUGCUGACAGGCUAAAGAAAUUGAUUGAGCAGUAUGAACUGAGGGAAGAGCAUAUCGAUAAAGUUUUUAAACACAAGGACUUGCAGCAACAGCUUGUGGACGCCAAGCUCCAGCAAGCUCAGGAAAUGUUAAAAGAGGUGGAGGAACGACACCAACGCGAGAAGGAUUUUCUUUUGAAAGAAGCUGUUGAAUCUCAACGCAUGUGUGAACUAAUGAAGCAACAAGAGACUCACCUCAAGCAGCAGCUUGCCUUGUACACUGAGAAGUUUGAGGAGUUUCAGAACACCCUGUCAAAGAGCAAUGAGGUUUUCACAACCUUCAAGCAAGAAAUGGAAAAGAUGACAAAAAAGAUUAAGAAGUUGGAGAAGGAGACAACCAUGUACCGAUCCCGAUGGGAAAGCAGCAAUAAAGCAUUGCUAGUGAUGGCAGAGGAGAAAACCCUUAGAGACAAGGAACAGGAAGCACUACAGACCAAGAUCCAGAGAUUGGAGAAGCUCUGCCGUGCUCUGCAGACAGAACGUAAUGACUUAAACAAGAAAGUCCAGGGUUUGAGUGUACCUUCAGCCUCCUCUUCAGAGGGUGCACAAGAUUUGCAGGCUAUGCAAGAAGAAUGCUCCAGUGUCACGGCACAUCCAUCAGGAGAGAGUGCAGGACUGUGUAGCAAUGGAGCAGCGUGUGGGCACAAUGCUCUACUAGACACCGCACCAUCUCCUGCUGCUGCUGAAUGAUGCAGGAAACGAGCCAGGCAUGGAAUUGGAUGGUUUCUUAUCCUCCCUUUUCCUUCUGUGCCCAGUUGUCUUUUAUACAAUGGCUUCUACUUUUAUAAUCCCCAUACAUAUUUAGACCUUCAUCUGUUAAUUUUGAGGGUGUUAUGUCCUGUUUCAAUUUGCUGGAUUAACCAGAGGAUAGGGGAGAAGAUGGAAAUAUAGCAUGUCUGAUUACCAUUUCAAUUAAAUGGAAUAUACAUAAGCCUUUAACUGCUAGAGAAGCCUACAGCUCAUUGUUUAGCAAUACCUUUUUUUUAAUAGAUGGAGCGAUGUGUUACAGGUAGCUUUCAAUUGGGCUAUGGCAUGUUUAUUUACUCAUGAAGAGAGUUGGUUAAUUACACAGAUGCGCUCAUUUUUUUAAGAACACAAAUUGGUGAGCUCAGGAUUUUUUUUCCCCCACUGUUAAGUUCUGCCAGUUUGGUAUACAGCUUCAAUGCCUCCAUACAGUAUGACACUUGCCAGACACAUUCUCACAUUUUUUUUAUUAUAGUUGUAUAGCUUCUAGAAUCUUCCAGCUUUGGUUGUAUGUAAGCACUCCUGUGCAGGAUUUUCACCCAACCAGUUUGUUCCCAUGCUCCUUUUCUGCCCUCAUCUUUAAAUGCUACUCUAGUAUCUCAGUUUCCUCUAGGUGCCUGCUACACCCAUAUGCACUUUAGAGCAAUAUGAAGGUUAUAGUGGGCCCUAUUAACUACCAACAGCAAGACGGAACAUGGCUCUGAACUUUGUAUAUUGAUAAAUGUUUAAUUUCAUAACUUUUUUUUUUUUUUUUGCCCUGGGGUAUAUUCUCUCUAGCCCGGUUACACAGAAUCUAUAGCCAUUUCAUGUAAUUGUUACAUCCAUAUCUGGACAAUUAAAUCUAAAAAGAACAGAGGAAAAUUAGGUGUAAUGCACUGUAUACGUACAAUAUUUCAAAGCACCAUGCUACCAAUCAGCUUCAUUUUGAAAAUCCUUCAAUAUAAUUUCUAUUUUGUCCUUUUUUCUUUCCUGGACUCUCCUUUUCAGACUCUUGUUUCUGAGCAUGCACAGUUAUGCAGAGAUAUUAAAACGGUCUACUUGUAAGCAGUAUCAGUAACUCAAAAAAUGAGCUGAUUGGAAUACAUCUAUGUAGGGUCAUAUUCACUGCUGCUAUAUCUUACAUUGUAGUUGUUUACUAAAUGUGCCUGUUAUUGAUUUCUGCAACCUCUUAGCAGCACAUUGCUCUGCAUGGUUUAUGGAGUACAUAUCAUAUUAAAAUAUAACAUAACAAAUGUUUUCAUCCUUAAAACAUUGCAGUGGUUUCAGUUUUGGGUUUGUUAGGUGAUAAUUCUAAAAUAUAACAAGAAUCUUACAAUUUUAACCACUAGUUUUCCGUUCAACAUUCCCAUUUCAUCAACAUAAGUGUUUUUCCAGGCUCUGAAAAGACCAUGCAGGAUUCAUAAUUUACAGCAUUUCAUAAGCAGUAUGACUGGAUUGUAAUAUACCUUCCACUGUUGUAUUUUUAAAAUUAGUGUCAUGUGACAAAACUGGAAUGUGAAUCCAGUAGAGGUAUGUCUAACCUCAACCUUCAAUGUACAACAAUCUACUGUAUUUAUUGGGGGUCUACUGUUCUGUGCCCAAAAGCUUAAAUAGGUACCAAAGAGAUCUUCCUGCCCUGUGAAUGAGACAGAAAGGCUGGUUAUUUAUCUGAUAUAUCAAUAAGAACAAAUAAAUAUUUCUGGCUCUUUUUU